AUGAUCUCCACUCCAGUCGCUCCAGUUAACAAAAUGACCGCUCAAGAAAAAGAAGCUCAAAUUAUGCAAGAAAUCAGAGCAUCUCAAGUUAAGUUCGAACCAAAAUUCGAAACCACUUUCUUAGGUCAAAUCUUCGGUAUUUCCUUCAAGACCACUGCUUAA